UUUUUGUGUAGAUUUCGUAAUAGAAAAUUAAUCAUGAACUUUUGUCAAAUAUUUUAUCAUAUAAAUGUAAAAGCUUUCAUCUUUUAUUAAGGUUAUGUUUACAUCAUAUAUUUUUAUUAUUUCUAAAGUAAACGUAAAUCCAACUAUAAAACAAUCAGGAUCAGUAAUAUCUUAAUAUUUUAAGAUUUUAUUCAGAUUUAAUUUUUUUUAUUUCUAAAUAAAAUAUAUAUCAAGUGAUAAGUUCUUAUAUAGAAAUUAAAUCAGAAAUUAAAAUACGAUGCCAAUAGCCAGCAGUGUAUAACAUUAAAAAUGAAUGGGAUUAUUCCUGAAAUGGAACAAAUAAUUAGUCAGCUUGAACGCGGGACUGUGGUAACAAAAUUUUUCUCAAGGAAACGACCAGAAAAAAAAACCUUAAUGAUACGAAGGGAAACUAGACAAAUUGUUUGGUCAAGGAGUUCUACCUUUAGACCUUUCGAUGGUUCUGAUUCACAUUCACAAGCACACAAAAAAUAAAUUUUCCACCUAAUAUUUUAGGCACACUUUAUACAUGGUUAUGCAGUUAUAUAUCUACAGCAAAAAUGGGCAGAAUAUUAUCUGAAGAUACUAGUUAUAGGCCAAAAACCAGAAGGAAAAAUCAGUGUCCAUUUUGUAUAUGGUUGAAAUAAGGGAAGUCAAAGAAGUUAGGGUAGGUAAGCAUUCCAAAGAUUUUGAAAAAUGGCCAGAAGAUGCAAAGAGGAUAGAAAGCUUAAGAUGUUUUGUUGUAUUCUAUGGUUCUGAAUUCAGGUUAAAAACUCUUUCAAUAUCAGCUCUAAGUGAAAAAGAAUGUGAGUUAUGGGUUAAAGGUUUACGUCAUUUAGUUCAAGAUACUAUUAAUGCUCCAUAUCCUUUACAAGUUGAAAGAUGGCUUAGGAAAGAAUUUUAUGCAAUGGAGAAUUCAAGAGAAACAGUUACAUUAAAAGAUGUUAAAGCAUUUUUACCUAGAGUUAAUUGCAAAAUUGCAACUAACCGUUUAAGAGAAUUAUUCCAAGAAGUAGAUACAAGAAGCAGAAAUGAACUUGGGUUUGAUGAUUUCGUUAUUUUAUAUCAUAAACUCAUGUUUGAUCAGAAUAAUCUUACAGAUUGGAAUAAGCUAUUGAAUUAUUCUAAGUCAGGACAAACUGUUACUCUUCAGGAAUUUCAAAAUUUCUUAAUCACUGAGCAACAAGAUAUUUUAGGAAAUAAUGAUAUAGAAGCUUCACGUUUUAUUAGAGACUACCUUCAAGAUCCACAAAGAGAUAUACAAGAACCAUAUUUCACAUUUUCUGAAUUUAUAGAUUUCCUUUUUUCCAAACAAAAUGAUAUUUCGGAUCAACGAUAUAAUCAAGUGACUCAAGAUAUGACUAAGCCUUUAGCUCAUUAUUGGAUUGCAUCAUCACAUAAUACAUAUUUGAUGGGUGAUCAAAUAAGCAGUGAAAGUAGUUGCCAAGCUUAUGUACGUGCAUUAAGAUCUGGUUGCAGAUGUAUAGAACUUGAUUGUUGGGAUGGUCCUGAUGGAAUGCCUUUUAUAUUCCAUGGGCAUACAUUAACAACAAAAAUAAAAUUUCUAGAUGUUAUUAAAACUAUCAAAGAACAUGCUUUUGCUACAUCUGAAUAUCCUGUUAUUUUAUCCAUAGAAGAUAAUUGCACAUUGCCACAACAAAGAAAAAUGGCUAUUACAAUGCAAGAAUUGUUUGGAAAUAUGCUAUUAGUUCAAUCAGUAGAUAAAAAUGAAACUUGUUUGCCAUCUCCAUAUGCAUUAAGAAAGAAAAUACUAUUAAAACAUAAAAAACUUCCUGAUGGAGCUGAUGAGACAUCAUUUCUUAUUCGUAGUGAUGAAAGUAGACAAGAAAUGGAUCUUAGAAAUACUGUAAAAAAUGGGAUAUUAUACUUAGAGGAUCCUGUUGAUAGAGAAUGGAAUCCACAUUUUUUCGUUUUAACACAGCAAAAGCUAUUUUAUACAGAUACAUUCUCACGAGCUCAAGAGACAGAGCAUGAUGAUGAUGAUGAAGGCUGUAUCCGAAGACCAACAGAUGGAGUACCAAAUGAUGAACUACAUUUUGGUGAGAAGUGGUUUCAUGGAAAGUUAGCAAAAGGCAGAGAAGAAGCUGAAGAAUUAUUACAACGAUACUCUCAUCUUGGCGAUGGUACCUUUCUAGUUCGACAAUGCGUUACGUUCGUUGGUGACUAUAGUCUUUCCUUUUGGCGUAAGGGCAAAGUAAACCAUUGUCGUAUAAAAUUAAAACAAGAAAUGGGUCAAACACAAUAUUAUCUAAUUGAUACAAAUUGCUUUGAUAGUUUAUAUAGUCUAAUAACACAUUAUCGCAAUAACCCCCUUAGAAGUCAGGAGUUUUUAAUUACACUCCAAGAACCCGUACCUCAACCAAAUAAGCAUGAGGAAAAAGAAUGGUGGCAUGCAGAAUGUACUCGUACUUUAGCAGAAGAAAUGUUAAAAUGCAUUCCCACUGAUGGUGCCUUUUUAGUAAGACCUAGUGAAAAAGAAAGUAAUUCUUAUGCUAUAUCCUUCAGGGCUGAAAAGAAAAUUAAACAUUGUAGAAUAAAAUUUGAAGGACGUUUGUAUACAAUAGGAACAGUGCAAUUUGAAAGUUUAGUUGAAUUAGUAAAUUACUAUGAAAGGAAUCCACUCUAUAAGAGAAUAAAGCUAAGUCAUCCUGUCAAUCAAGAUAUCAUCAGAAGAGUGGGUUUGGAUGCAGAUGACGGAUCUGUUUAUGGUAUACCUGGAUACAUGGACCCAACAAGUUUUGGAUCUAAAGUAACGGUAAAAGCUCUUUAUGAUUACAAAGCAAGAAGAGAAGAUGAAUUGACAUUGGUAAAACAUGCUAUAAUUACUAACGUAACGCGUCAAAGUGGCGGUUGGUGGAGAGGCGAUUACGGUGGUAAAAAGCAACAUUGGUUUCCAGCAAAUUAUGUUGAAGAAAUAGAUUAUCAAGAUAGUCCAGGAGAUUCUACAGAUUCUAUGAUGCUUGGUAGUCUUCAAAAGGGUUCAUUAGACAUUAUGGGUGCAGUUGUCGAAUUAACAUUAGGUGAAAGGCCUGGAUUAGAAUGGAUUUUACGAAUACAAAAUCCUAGUAUGUGUUCCGUAUUUGAAGUGGCAACACCAUCAAAAGAUAGUGCAUUAGAAUGGAUGUCAAGUAUCAAAGAAACAGCACAGAAUGCCAGUGUUAGAGAAAAUCAACACAAAGAGAUGGAGCGAGCAUGGAGGAUAGCAAAAGAAAUGUCUAAUCUUAUAGUAUAUUGUAGAUCAGUUGCUUUUAAUGUUGAACGAAUUAGAGCAAAGGGAUUUAUAUUCCAUGAAAUGAGUAGUUUCCCUGAAACUAAAGCAGAAAAACUCAUGUGCCAGCAAGAAAACAAGUUUUUCUUAAAAUAUCAUCAGAUGCAAUUCAGUAGAGUAUAUCCUAAAGGUCAACGUAUUGAUUCAUCUAAUUAUAAUCCUGUGCCAAUGUGGAAUUCUGGUUGUCAAAUGGUGGCUUUAAAUUAUCAAACUGGAGAUAAAUCUAUGCAAUUAAAUCAAGCUAAAUUUAAAGAGAAUGGUAGCUGUGGUUAUGUACUGAAACCAGAUUUUAUGUUCAGAGAUGAUUUUAAUCCUUAUGACAAAAAUUGCUUGUACGGAAUAGAUGCACUUAAAAUUAGCUUAAAAAUUAUAGGUGCAAGACAUUUGAUUAGGUCUGGAAGAGGAACAGCUAGUCCAUUUGUUGAAGUAGAAGUAAUUGGUGCAGAUUUUGAUAAUGGGACAAAAAUAACAACAAAAACGAUACAUGACAAUGGCUUUAAUCCUAUGUGGAAUGAAUCUUGUGAAUUCGAAAUAUUCAAUCCGUACUUUGCUCACAUAAGAUUUGUAGUUCAAGAUGAAGAUAUGUUUGGUGAUAGUAAUUUUAUAGGGCAAGCUACUUAUCCUGUUCGUUGUUUAAGAACAGGAUAUAGAAGUGUUACUUUAAAAAACAAUUAUAGCGAAGAUCUAGAAUUGGCUGCACUUUUAGUACACAUUCGAAUUAUAAAUUUUUCUGUAAAUGCAACAUCGUGAACUAAUGGAAAAAAUUAUUAAAUGAGUAGAUCUGAUAUACUGUCUACAAUGUUUGGUAUAGUGCUUCACAUGUACAUAUAUUUGAUGAGUGUUCUGUGUGUACAUUGUGGUGAAAUAGAACCACGAAUAAUAUCUUUUAAAAAAAUGAAAAUAAUAAAAAUAAAUAUUAUUUUUUACUGA